AUGUCUGAGGAGCGCAGCAAGAUAACUUUGUCUCUUCGAAGCGGCAAGCGACGAAAGGCCCGUCCCGUCAUCAGUGCACCGCGACAGAUAUCUGCUCCAAUUCCGCAAGAUGGUUCGACUGGGGGCACAGCUGCUGGUCCCGGACUGGUUCCGCUGCCCGAAGCGCCUCGGCCGCGGCCUGCACUUGUUGGUGGAAAGACCUCUGAUCUAGUCAAGCGACGAUUCUCCUCACGAUUUAACAACUUGCCCCCCGAGUUCGACGCGGCCGCCCCUCCAGUUCCGACUCUCCCCCCUCUUGAGCGGUACAACACCGACUACCAGCCCCCUCCAUCACGAGCAGGGCCAGGAGCUGCUCCCACUGUCGAUCUGAAGGCGUUGCGAGAUCCGAACCUUACGUCCGACCAGUAUGUAGCCUCAGUGCUGAGCGAGGCGAGCGAGGAUCAGAUCCAAGAAUAUGCCGAGUCUCUGCAGGGGAUCAAGGCACGCGCAGCUGCGGACCUGCAGCAAAACCUACUGCAGAAUCGGACACAGUUUAUCAAAAUCAGUAAGGAAGCAGAGAAGCUAAAGGGCGAAAUGCGAGCACUCCGCAAUCUGAUGUCGGAGCUCAAGGCGAAUACGACAGCUCUUAGACAAGCUUCGGGAAGAGGUGAAAUGGAUACAUCCAUAGGGGGAGGCGCCACGAUGAGCAAACGAGACAAGCGCAGCUCUAUUGUAGAUCGAAGCGCUCUUUGGACUACGCAGAUGCAAACUCUCUACAAGACCGUGGAGGGCUCUCAAAAGUUUUUGCCGAACGCGAUAGGGCGCCACGUGGUUCUCAAUGCCGGUCCUUGGAUUGAAUUGGACAAUGCAACCUACAAGAGCAGAAGAGCCAUGCAGAUAUUUUUGCUGAAUGACCAUCUUCUCAUUGCUUCCCGGAAGAAACGCAAGGUCGACGCGCCCAACUCUGAUACCCGCGGACCGAUGGUGAAGCUGGUGGCUGACCGCUGCUGGCCCUUGCUUGACAUUGAAGUUAUCGAAAUGCCUGGAACAGGCGACUCUAUGGGCGGUCGUAAUAAGCUGGCUGAUGCCAUCAUGGUGCGAGGCGGUGGCCAGGAGACUUUCAUCUAUCGAACGGAAAAACCAGAAGCGACUGAGAAGAAGGCGCUGAUGAUGAAUGUACGCAAGGCAGUGGAAGAGCUGCGCAAAGGGUUACAGUCUGAAAUGGAGGCCAAUAACAAGGCAAGAGAGACAAUCAACUACUUUGCUUCCAGAGACCCGGGGCUGCUCCAGAAGACGGAACUGCUAGAGACGCUGUCCGACAUCAAGGACAUGCUGAUAGAGGUGGAUGGCAAACAGCAGAAUCUGCGCUGGGUCGAAGGCCAAAUGGACGAGCUUGAUAUUGAUAUUGCUCUCCAGGGAUUCGAACCCGCGGUGGCACGCGUGGAAAAGAUGAACGGGUUGGCCAGGGGACUCAAAGGCAACACGGUAGCGCAAGACUUUAUCAACUUUGAGGUUGAGGCCAGGUGCGGUAAGCUUGCGGGCAUGAUUAUCCAGCAGCUGGAGACGACACACAACCAGCAAAACAAGACGAAGCGAAAUCUGAGCUGGUUGGCCAGACUGGGGUAUGAAGACAGAGCUAGAGAGGCGUAUCUCGCAGCCCGCGGUGACACCAUUCAUAAACGAGCAAGACAAUGCAUCUUCCAGGGCGACUUACAUCUAUACAUUUGGCAGCUAUCGUUUGUGUACUUUACCCUCAUCCACAAUACGGUGCUGUGCUUCCAAAGCUGUUUCCCCCCACCUAUGAUGAGCACGUGUGUCAAGUGGGCAAAGGAGCAAGUAGAAGCUUUCAACGUGAUUCUUGCCAGGCAGCUGAGCAGCACCGAACGCGGCGGGCCAGUCUGGACACAGUGCAUGGACCAGGCCAAGGAACAUGCGAAGAAGUUGUCUGAGGUGGGCCUUGACUUUUCAAGCUUGGUUGGUAAAGGCGUGGAUGGGCCUCCGGCUAGCUCGUCGGUUGAGAGCCAGGGCCUUGUUGGGCUGGGGCUGGCUUGA